UGGCUAUGAGUAUGCGGCUACAGUACACAGGUUUUUCGCUGUUUCAUUUGAUACAGUCUACUACAAGAGGGUGACAUGUGGUCAUCUUAUUCAAUGUGCUCUUCUACUCGCUCUCCCCGGGAUCCCGUAUUUUGGACCGUGUCCCGUUAUCUCUUGUCAAAACGAUGUC